AUGGCUCUGACUGUGUGUGUGCGGCGACUGACGGGGCUGCCGGGAACUCAUGACCGACAAGUGAGGCUCAGCUUUCGGGGUUUUACCCAGAAAACAAGGAGAAUUCACUGUGGCCAAGAAGCAGAUAUCGGUGAGGUCAUUGGCUUCAAGUUUGGAGGGUUGGCUCCUGUGGUGGCUUGGGGCCAUUCUCCGGGUCACUCUUCUGCUCCAUGCCACACCCACAGGCCUCUGGGGACCCUGGUGAUUUCCUUACAGCAGCUACAGAUCGCUCGGCAUUUGGUGCUGCAGGAGGCCCUAGUGGAUAAGAAUCUGCAAGUGUCCCCGAACCAGGUGGAGCUUGACCUGAAGUACCAGCCCCCAGAGGGUGCAACUGGAGCCUGGGCAGAGGAAGACUUUGGGGCACCCACUCAGGACAGCUCGGAGCUGGUCAUCCCCAAUGUGGGUUUCCAGGAGCUAGAGCCUGGGGCGGCCCGGCUGGAGCGGCAGGCCGUGGCAUUGGGCUGCAGGCUAGCUCGAGGCCUAGCUCAGCAGGACGAUGAGGACAAUGAGCUGGAGCUGGAGCUGGAAGAUGAGCCUGAUGUGGAGCUUUCCAGCGUCGUGUUCAGUUCCCUCAAGAGCCGAGCCCGGGGCCUAUCCCGAAGGGAUCCCUUCCAGGUGCCCAGGGCCCAGGACUUCCAGGUGGGGGUCACCGUGCUGGAGGCCCAGAAGCUGGUGGGAGUCAACAUUAACCCCUAGGCUGUGCGUGUUGGGGAGCAGCGCCCGGUCACCACUACACAGGGCGGGAAAUGCCCUUUCUACAAUGAGUACUUCUUGUUCGAAUUUCAUGAGACCCGACUUCACCUCCAAGAUUUGCUGCUGGAGAUUACGGCUUUCCACUCGCAGACCCUCCCCUUUGUGGGCACCCGACUCGGCACCUUCAGGAAGGACUUGGGCAUUAUCUUCGAUCAGCCAGAUGGCCACUUCUACCAGAAAUGGGCUCCGCUGUAUGACCCGCGGGACACUUGCGCCGGGACCAAAGGCUUCGUCAAGGUCACGUUGUCCUUGAGGGCGCGCGGUGAUCUGCCUCCUCCGCCGCCACCCCUGGGCCCGGGGCACAGUUCAGACAUCGAGAAGAACCUGCUGCUGCCCCGCCGGGUGCCGGCGGAGAGGCCGUGGGCGCGGCUGCGCGUGCGAGUGUACCGCGCGGAGGGGCUUCCGGCGCUGCGCCCGGGGCUGCUGGGCAGCCUGGCCCGCGCGCUGCACGACCGGUGCGUCCUCGUGGACCCCUAUGUGCGAGUGUCUUUCCUGGGCCAGCAGGGCGAGACGUCGGUGCGCGGAGAGGCGGCGGCGCCCGAGUGGAACGAGCAGCUGAGCUUCGUGGAGCUUUUCCCGCCGCUGACGCGCGGCCUUCGUUUGCAGCUGCGGGAUGACGCGCCGCUGGUGGACGUGGCCCUCGCCACGCACGUGCUGGACCUGAAGCAGAUCUCACACGCGGGCCGCGCGGCGGGGUUUAACCCCACCUUCGGUCCAGCCUGGGUGCCUCUGUACGGCUCGCCCCCAACUGGGGGAAUCCGGGAUGGUCUUCAAAAUCUCAACGAAGGCCUGGGCCAAGGCCUUUGGUUCCGGGGCCGCCUGCUGGUGGCUGUGUCCAUGGAGGUGUUGGAAGGGAGAGCUGAACCCGAGCCUCUCCAGGCUCCACAGGGGUCCAGGUUGUCCAAGCUCAUGGGAAAGAAGAAGAAAGCCAGGCGGGGCCAGACCCCAGCGAGGAUUCAACAGCAUCUAGAUGCCAGCGCCAGGCCUGAAGUUCCCAGUGCAAUGGAGGUGGAAGUGGAGGAAUUGCUGCCACUGCCAGAGAAUGCCCUGGCGCCCUGUGAAGAUUUCCUGCUUUUUGGUGUGCUCUUCGAGGCCACCAUGAUCGACCCUGCCAUGGCCUCCCAGCCCAUCAUCUUCGAGAUCUCCAUUGGUCCCGCAGGCCGGGAGGAGCAAUUGGGCCGAGGGCCCAGGACCCGGGAGGGAAUGGAGGGCGGGGAGGAGGAGGCGCAGCCGUUGCUGGAGUCCGAGGUGGGAGUCAGGCUGGUGGAAGAGGAGGAGCUGGGGACCCCUGCUCAGCGGCCUGAACCCAUGGAUGGCAACCAAUGCCUGCCCCUGCGUCACUGCAAACCAUGCGAGCGUGUGUGGAGCCGCUGGGAGAAUCACACAUGGCGCCUGCGGAGCAGUAACUGUGUGCGGAAAGUGGCCGAGAGGCUGGACCAGGGGCUCCAGGAGGUUGAGAGUCUGCAGCGCAGGCCAGGCUCUGGCGCCUGCACACGACUCAAGCAGGCGUUGGAAGAGCUGGUGGCUGGGAGCAGAGUGACCCUGGCCCAGGUCCUUCCUGAAGCCCUUCCCAGGAUUCCUCUCAAGAAUCUGAACCCCCCCUUCCCCCCCAAAACACCCCCUAGUUAUGAGCUCAGAGUCAUCAUCUGGAACACGGAGGAUGUGGUUCUGGAUGACGUGAACCCACUCACUGGAGAGAUGUCCAGUGACAUCUACGUGAAAAGCUGGGUGAAGGGGCUGGAGCAGGACAAGCAGGAGACAGACGUGUACUUCAGCUCUCUGACUGGGGAGGGAAACUUCAACUGGCGCUUCCUGUCCCGCUUUGACUACCUGCCGAUUGAGUUGGGGGUGAGCAUCCGGCGACGGCCUGGACCCUUCGCCCUGGAAGAGGCUGAGUUCCGGCAGCCGGCAGUGCUGGUCCUGCAGGUCUGGGACUAUGACCGCGUCUCCGCCAAUGACUUCCUCGGAUCCCUGGAGCUGAAGCUGCCAGACAUGGUGCGGGGAGCCCGGGGCCCAGAGCUCUGCUCUGUGCAGCUGGCCCGUGAUGGGGCUGGGCCCAGGUGCAAUCUGUUCCGCUGCCGUCGCUUGCGCUUGCGGGGCUGGUGGCCUGUGGUGAAGCUUCAGGAGCCAGAGGAUGAGGAGCGGGAGCAGCGGGAGGCCCAGGCUGGCAGGAAGAGGUGGCGGGGAGGAGGAAGGGCCGGCCAGAAGACUUAAGAGUUUGCAGACCCCGGAGGCAACGUCUAUAUCCUCAGGGGAAAGGUGGAGGCAGAGUUUGAGCUGCUGACGGUGGAGGAGGUGGAGAAACGGCCAGUGGGGAUGGGGAGGAAGGAGCCUGAGCCCUUGGAGAAGCCCAACCGUCCCAAAAUCUCCUUCAACUGGUUUGUGAACCUGCUGAAGACCUGCGUCUUCUUCAUCUGGCGCCGGUACUGGCGCAUCCUGGUGCUCCUGGUGCUGCUGGCAUUGAUCAUCAUCUUCCUCCUCCUCGUCUUCUACAGCAUGCCAGGCCAGAUCAGCCAGGUCAUCUUCCAGCCACUCCACCGCUCCCCUGGGCCCUAACUGACCUUGGACACUCAUCCCCUCACAC